UUUGAGCUGUCAUGUGAUUGCAAAUUAAAAGAAGCCCCAUAAAUUUUAGCACCCCAGCCUCUCUGCAAUCUGUGCUGGCUUAGAGCUUAACUCCAAGAAGGGAAUGAAGUCAGUGUGUCUAGUGUGUGCUCUCCUUGCUGCCACUAGCAUGCUAGCAGCAGGUCAACCAGGCCCUAGCCCUAUAGUGGACACCACCAGUGGAAGGGUUGUGGGGCUGUUCACAAAGCAAGCUCAGGUGUUCCGAUCCAUCCCCUAUGCCAGGCCUCCUGUUGGUGCCAUGAGAUGGAAGGAUCCUUUACCCCCCUUUCCAGUUCCAGGGAUACUGCAGGCGACAGAGGACCCCCCAGGGUGUCCUCAGACACUCCCCUGUGUAUUGCCACUCCCCCAGUUCCUGUGCCCCAAGAAAGUCAGUGAAGACUGUCUCUUCCUCAACAUCUUUACCCCCCUCACGGCCACGCCCACCUCAAAGCUACCAGUCAUGGUGUUUCUACACGGAGGAAACUUCCUCAGGGGUUACUCAGGAGGAGGCUUGUAUGAUGGACAGUACAUUGCCAACACUACUUCAACGAUUGUGGUCACAGUCAACUAUCGAUUGGGAGCCAUCGGCUUCCUGGCAUUUGGGGAGGGAGACAACGCACCAAAGGGAAACUAUGGGAUCAAGGACCAAAGGUUGGCUUUGGAAUUUGUAAGGGACAAUGUUGUCAACUUUGGAGGUAAUCCAGAGGAAGUCACCUUGUGGGGUCAAAGUGCAGGUGCUGUCUCCGUGGUACUGCACAUGGCUAGCCUGAGAAGUGCAGGGCUUUUUAACAAGGCUAUCAUUGAGAGUGAUCCGUUCUCCAUCACGCUCAAAGACUUGAACAAAGCAAAGAAACUUGGAGAGGACUUUGUCAAAGCGAUAGGAUGCAAGGACAUAGAGUGUCUGUACGCAAAGUCAAUUGAAGACAUUGCAGAGGCUCAAUUUGCAGUGCUGAGCAAGAUAGUUGAUCUGAGACAUGUACUGGAGAUAUUUCUGCAAUGGACACCAAUUGUGGAUGGAGUGGAUGUUCUUGAGCAGCCUAUUGAUGUGUUUACACAGGGAAAGAUCACACCAAUGCCAGCCAUCAUUGGCACAACUUCUGAGGAGACCGUGUUCUUUAUCUAUGAAGGAUUCCCUAAACCACUCUCAGCUGCUGAACUUGAUUUACUAGAGCUGGGAAUAUUCGGCACUCAUUACCCAGCUGUUCACAACAUUUAUUCACCAACUAAAAACCAAGACAACAGGCCGAUUGCAGCUGUGAUGGGUACUGAGUACACGUUCUCUUGUUCCACUCGCGAGGCUAUAUGGGGACUGACCAACCUCACGCAGUCCAGUAAGGCGAGGAACCCUCUGUGGGUCUACGCAUUCAACCACUCCAUGUCCUUUGACUGGGGAAAGGGGUUCGAGUUCUGCAAUGGGCAUGCUUGUCACGGGGUGGAGCUGCCAUUUGUGUUCCACACGGCCAAUCUAGGAGGUCUCAACUACACUGCUGAUGAGCUCGUGCUCACCAACACAAUGGUGGACUACUGGACCAACUUUGCUCACACUGGCAACCCCAAUGGCUACAUCAACAGAGCAGAGAAGAGGCCCUCGAAGCUGCUGGAAUGGCCCCAGUACAGGGUAGACCCCAGCACUGGAACUAAGGCCUCCAAUUGUCUCAGGUUCAAAGCUCCUAACAGUGAGGUCAUACAAGACUACAUGGGGGAUACAUGCCGAUUCUGGGACUCUAUAGGAUAUAACGUUUAGCACUUGUAGUGUAAUACCGGCAGGUCAUAUUAUUAUGUGUGCACUUUUUGUGUUGAGUGCAUGCAGGUUGUGUUUUUAAAAUGACAAGUUUUGUGGAUAUGAA